AUGUGGCUGGGUGUAGCCCCGAUAUGUGAUUUUUUCGAGUUUAGGAUGUUGAGGGAAUCUUCACGCAUUGAGCUGUUAAACUGUAUGCGUUUACUAACGGAAGAAUCGAUUCACACAUGGAUGACAGACAACACAUGGCGUGGUCUGGACAUCGAGCCGGGUAUCCUUCAUUCCCUCCCUCCCCCCUCCAAAAAUAUGGCAGCAGCCGACGGUCGAACUCAGGCCUCCUUGGCGGGUGUGAUCGAGGGCAACCAACAACCCCCCACCAUCGAACUGCUUGCAACGUCUCAUCAGUCAGCACUGCUAGCAUCUGCUAGGCAACUUCUCGAGCAAAAAGCCUGA